UUUGGAAUAGAGAAUUACUCGGGAAAAAUACUUCGAAUGCUGUACAUUUUAAAGCGUUUUAAUACUAAACGUUACCUUAAAGGUUCAAAAGACUGAUCUCCAGAACGUAGUCGGCUUCAAUCUAUAAUAGUAAAUAAACUGUAACAUGGGAAAUACACAGACAGAUAGGGGAGCAACAGGCAGAGAUGACGCAUCCCCACCUAUCAGCAGUACUUUCGGCAGAUCAUCGACAAUUCGUAAAUCUCAGACAACAAGCUCGACAUUGUCUUCUCGCUUGAGAAAACCGGGCUCUCCAGGCUAUGAAAUAGCAACCGAUACAAAAUCACAAUGCAAUCGUCUGCGGGAAACCAAUGACAAUCCCAUGACAACAUCUUCACCCAAGGAGAAAGAACCUGAUGAAAGAACAUCACAAAACACUGAGGUAUUAAGUCAAAGGGAUUUAAAUGAAAGUUUCCAGAUAAAGGAAUAUCAGGUAAAACGGCAAACUACGGAUCAACAUCGGGAAAAGAUUACGGAUCAACACAAGGAAAAGAUUACGGAUCAACACAAGGAAAAGAUAACGGAUCAACACAAGGAACAAAUUACGGAUCGACAUAGGGAAAAGAUUACGGAUCAAUACAAGGAAAAGAUUACGGAUCAACAUUGGGAAAAUACUACGGAUCAACAUAGGAAAAAGAUUACGGAUCAAUAUUGGGAAAAUACUACGGAUCAACAAAGGGAAAAUAUUACGGAUCAACAUAGGGAAAUUAUUACGGAUCAACAUAGGGAAAAGACUACGGAUCAAUACAAGGAAAAUACUACGGAUCAACAUAGGGAAAAUAUUACGGAUCAACAUUGGGAAAAGAAUACGGAUCAACAUAGGGAAAAUAUUGCGGAUCAACAUUGGGAAAAUAUUACGGAUCAACAAAGGGAAAAUAUUACGGAUCAACAUUGGGAAAAUAUUACGGAUCAACAUUGGGAAAAUAUAACGGAUCAAUAUUGGGAAAAAAUGUCGGAUCAACAUUGGGAAAAUAUUACGGAUCAACAUAGGGAAAUUAUUACGGACCAAUACAAGGAAAAGAUUACGGAUCAACAUUGGGAAAAGACUACGGAUCAACAAAGGGAAAAUAUUACGGAUCAACAUUGGGAAAAUAUAACGGAUCAACAUAGGGAAAAUAUUACGGAUCAACAUUGGGAAAAUAUUACGGAUCGACAAAGGGAAAAUAUUACGGAUCAACAUAAGGAAAAGACUACGGAUCAACAGAGGGAAAAGAAUACGGAUCAACAUAGUGAAAAUAUUACGGAUCAACACAGGGAAAAGAUUACGGAUCAAUACAAGGAAAAAAUUACGGAUCAGUACAAGGAACAGAUUACGGAUCAAUACAUGGAAAAGAUUACGGAUCAACACAAGGAAGCUGAGGAAGACGGUUUAUCUUCAGACGAUGGAAAACCGUAUCCACUUAGUAUGCAGGACAAAAUUAAAAUUUCGCGAAUUCAAAUCACGAAAAAUGAGAACAAACAUAAUGAGAAUACACAAUCUGUUAGUCUGGAGUUAAGUCAGGGAAGUUUUCACGAAAGACGCGUGAUAAUGGAGACUACAGCUCAACAAGAGAAAGUAGGGGAAGACGCUUCCUCACCGGGCCUUGAUAGAGGACCACACCCAUUUAGUACGCAGGAAAAUAUUGAAAAUUUGCAAAUUCAAAUCUCAAACAAGGAGGACUACCAGGAUGAAGUUGCACUCAAAAGCAUUCAAAUGUUAAGUCCUACAAGUGUCCUUGACCAGGAAAAGAUGACGAACAAUGCCGAAAAUGAAAAGGAAUCAGUUCGGGAAAGGUGUCGACAGACAACUACCCUUCGUAGAUCCAAGUCAGUUCGAGAACCACGGUCUACAUUGUAUUCCUGUCAAUCUCCUUUGAAGGAAUCAAUUGGUUUCCGUCCACGAUCAGACAUGACUUGCGAUAUACGUCUGUAUGACAAUAAUUCAGACGAUAAAAUAAUGGUAAAUUCAUGUUCAGCCCAAGUAGCGAACAGACGUUUUUACCCUGGUAUUUCAGAAGGUACACCAGAAAAAAUAGUCAAACCAACGACAUCACCACAUCCGCAGAGACGAUGUGACAACAGUACUGGCGACACUGACCAAUUGGACGUAUGCCCCAUACAAGAAGAGAAAUGGGAGAUUUGUUUACAACACCCAAAGUCAUCUGAUACAGAUAAUGAUGUUGUACCCAAUAAAUAUUCAGAAAGGACAUAUUUAAAGCUCUCUGAACCACAGAAGCAAACAUACAUAUCCGAGGAAGCUACUCCUCCGUCUUCACUACCGGCACUCCCCAAACAAACUGAACUUGUUGACCAUUUCGUCAGCUAUUCAUAUUCUGACCAACCAGCAAUAGAGACAGGACCUACAUUUAGUACGCAGGAAAAUAUUGAAAAUUCGCAAAUUCAAAUCUCAAACAAGGAGGACGACCAGGAUGAAGUUGCACUAAAAAGCAUUCAAAUGUUAAGUCCUCCAAGUGUCCUUGACCAGGAAAAGAUGACGAACAAUGCCGAAAAUGAAAAGGAAUCAGUUUGGGAAAGGUGUCGACAGACAACUACCCUUCGUAGAUCCAAGUCAGUUCGAGAACCGCGGUCUACAUUGUAUUCCUGGCAAUCUCCUUUAAAAGAAUCACUUGGUUUCCGUCCACGAUCAGACAUGACUUGCGAUAUACGUCUGUAUGACAAUAAUUCAGACGAUAAAAGAAAGGUAAAUUCAUGUUCAGCCCAAGUAGCGAACAGACGUUUUUACCCUGGUAUUUCAGAAGGUACACCAGAAAAAAUAGUCAAACCAACGACAUCACCACAUCCGCAGAGACGAUGUGACAACAGUACUGCCGACACUGACCAAUUGGACGUAUGCCCCAUACAAAAAGAGAAAAAGGAGAUUUGUUUACAGCAACCAAAGUCAUCUGACACAGAUAAUGAUGUUGUACCCAAUAAAUAUUCAGAAAGGACAUAUUUAAAGCUCUCUGAACCACGGAAACAAACAUACAUAUCAGAGGGAGCUACUCCUCCGUCUUCACUACAGGCACUCCCCAAACAAACUGAACUUGUUGACCAUUUCGUCAGCUAUUCAUACUCUGACCAACCAGAUGUAGAGACAGGACCUACACAUGUAUGCACGCGUAGACAUGAUCGUAAGGAGAACAAACCAACCUUUCAGUCACUCAUAACAUCUAGACAGUCCAUUCCCGUGGACAAACCUGUUGUAGAGGAGAUAUUACCACGUACAUACACAUCAUCGAGUAGGCUAACACAGAAUAGAUCUGAGAAGUUGAUCUUAUCUGAACGAGAAAUGAUCGCCUCAUCUAGAAGGUACAAGACCGUUGGCCAACCAGUUAAUGAGAAAACAUCGCCACGUAAAUAUGUAUCAGCGCGAGCACUAGGUCAAAUGAAAAGUGAACCUGCGAAAAGGAACCCAAGUGACAUAGAAUCAACCGCCAAAUCUAGAGGGUACCUUGCCAUUGGUCAAAGUCUUGUGGAGGAAGCAUCGCCACGUGCGUAUGAAUCAUCGCGUAGAUCUUUCCUUACACAGAAUGAACGACCGAGGAUUACUACGUCUGACUUAGAAUCAAGUACAACAUCUUGUGAGCCACUUGCUGUUAAACGAACGCCUGCAACGAAAGGAUUGCAGAGAUCUAUGACAAUGCAGGACAAGUCAAGGACAUCUGUAUCUAAAAUGUUUAACCCCUACAUGCCUCAACUUUCGGAGAGUCGUGAUACACAAACAUUCAGCAAUAUGUCGAUGAAAAGCACAGGAUCCAUGCCUCGAAAUAAUUAUAAGAAAGCUACAAGACGAAUUUGUUCGGAUUCAGAUUCCCAGGUCACUAGUCGAAGGUAUCGGACCACUGACGUAAAAGCUUUGUCAUAUCAGCGGGAACCGACCCAGGCGACGAUGAUGCUUGUUCCAAAAAACAGUAUUGGGGUUUGGAAGUUCGGAGAGGACAACUUCUUUACUACCGUUCCGAAGGCAUGGUCUGUUUCCGACUGCAUUGCGCAUGUAAGAAACAAAAUAGGAAGAUUCGGAUACGGUGACCUUGACCUUUGGAUCAAGAAUCGUUGCAUCAUGCUAGACAAAGGGAAGUCCCUCUCAGAUUACCCUGGGUUAAAAUCACUUUACGUCAUCCGGAGACCGUCCUCCAGAGACCCACAUCCGUUCCACCAGACAUCAAGGCCUGACGACACAGACCCGUUUUCAGACGACACGUGUGUAGCGAUGCCAUGUGGCCAUGCUGUCUCUCCAGAAAACCUAUAUCUAUACGCAUGGAAAAAAAUACAAAAUGGCGGGAUCGAAGUCACGUGUCCAGCUAUACCGGAUAUAAACAAGCCAGGUGAACAAUGCUCAAAAACAUGGGAGUUUAAGUCUAUAAGUAAACUAGCAUGUCUCUCUAAUGACGAAAAUAACCUGUUUUGUAGCAAAUUAUUUUCAAAUGUUUUAGAAAAAGAGGCCAAUAUUUAUCUCUGUCCAGUUUGCAAUGAGGCCAUUUUCAGCAGUUGUAAAACGGCGUUCAAAUGCUUCAACUGCGAAAAAAGUGGAGCCUCGUUUUCGUUCUGUGUCAGAUGCAACCGAACCACUAUUGGUGAAAACUGCUACAAUCCUGAAUGUCAAGAAAGUUUACCAAAAAUAAGAGCAUUGUUAAAGAACUGCGGAACGAGAACUCUGGUAGAUGUGCCGAACUGCCCUUCCGUUCGCGCAUGCCCAGUGUGUCACUGUAUCAUUGAAUACGAUGAGGGGGAAAGUUGUAAACACAUGACUUGUCCACGGAACUCUUGCCAGACGAAAUUCUGUUUCAUUUGUCUGAAGGUGAAGACGGACAAGUAUUACUGGCCGUGUGGGGGCGCUUAUCAGGCUUGUAACCCUAGUCCGAGACAGAUUAUCUAGGAUUUGACAACACGAGAAUGCGUCAUUUUGUGUUAGAACAUCAAUUAAACUUAGAACAUUUUACUUUUUCCAUAUCAACUAUACGAAUAUGAAGGAGAUUCAGACUAGGACAUUAACCCUUUAUCGGUCUUUAUAAGAUAUUUUAGCUAAGGAUAGAAAUCUGACGAGUACUGCUACUUGUCAGAUCAUUUAGUCGAUGUUGUAACAAACCACGCUAGAAAUAGACAAAAGGUUUUGAUUAAACUUCCAAGUAAGUAUGUGUGUAUAUUAGAGCUUUGUUAGUUCGGACACGUGUACAAGAACUUAGUUAGCCUGGACACGUGUAUUUGUAUAGAUAAGAACUUUCUUAAUUCGGAUACGAGUAUUUUUGAAGGUAAUGAUAAUGACUUUGUUAGUUCGGACACAUGCAUUCUGUACAAAUAAGUAUUAGCUCUGAUAGGUGUGUAUGUGUACACAAUAAUUCGGACAUUUAUAGAACGUGUGUAUGUACUGUAUAUAUAUAUAUCGACUUGAAUGGGAAUCAGUAUUUAAUAUUGUAAUGUUUAUCACGGAGGUUUUAUGGAAGUCUGCGUGUGAAUUCGGAAAGCAUGAAAGCAAAGUGACUCAAUAUCACUUCAAAUCCGACCACGAAAUCUAACUCCGGUCGCCAUAGCAAAUGAGUGUAUAGCCACUGUAUCAUCCGACCACCCAGAAACUUUCUGUAUAUACAUAUGUAUAUGUUGUGUGUUAGUUCUACAGUGAAGCUUCGUAUAAACAUGUUUGCCAAACUAUAACAAAAAAGUUAGACGAUUUUAGAAUAAUAUGGAAUAUUUUGAAUCGUUAUGAAAAUUAAUAAUGUGCAACGCUGUCCUGAUGGAGAGAUUCAGGGUGUUAUCAUAAUUAAUAUAAUUAUAACAUUCAACUGUUAUUGUAUUCUCACUCUACUAGUUUGGUUGUUUUUUUUUUACAUUUUUCUUUUCAAAUUGUAUUACUUUAUUAUAUAAAGCAUUAAAAUAUAAUGAUAUCGA